AUGUCACUUUUUCCCCAAGCAUUCAAUUUAAAGGAAGCCACCCACCCCAUUUCGCCAUCUAUCAAUGCUUCAACUUUUAACAAUCAAUGGUACUUCAGAAAAGAAUCGAGAAAUGAGAAGCUAAUCCUCUACCUAAUUAAUCGGGAUCUGAUAGUGAACAAUGGUAAAAUAGAUAAGCUGUUUGGCGUAAUAAAGGCUGAUCCAGAAUACAUUAAAAACAAACGGGUGUACGGACAAGUCACUUUGACCUUCCGAUAUGGACGAGAGGAUGAAGAGUACAUGGGAAUAAAAUUUUGCACCGAGGCAAUAAUCUGCUUCGCCCAACUGUAUCCUCCCUGUUCUGACUCGGAUCACCAAGAGCCAUCGACAGCUCUACAGGUAUGCCUGAGUUCUCUAAAAUACAUCUACUACGACACUUCGAUAAAUUAUUCGAUUUGUCAUCAUCAACACAUCUGCACUUCAUCUAUAUGCUCAUACGUUUCCAGGCCAGGAUAG